GUGCGAGAGAAAUCCAACCAUAUCAAUUCCGUCUCCUUGUUGCGGCAGUAUUACAAUCGCCUGCCCGUGCGGAGGAAAUACAGACGAGCAAUAAUGAAGGGGACGAUGGUGAUGUGCGAGAAAACGGGCCAGGUUCGGAUUCCACCACUGGCCAUUUCUGGCUAUGAUGAGCGGAGGAAUCCUUACAGAGGAAGGUUCGAAGACUUGCGAUCUACCCGCAUAUGGUUGAAGGAUUAG